AUGCAAAGCCCCGAUGUUCCUGGGGAGUUCCUGAGGCAUGCUGUUCUAGACACAGUUGUUCCCCAUGCUUCAAACAUCGAUCUAGAAGCGGCUCUGACAUGCGCGCUCGAAGAGGGCGCAGACGACUUACCGUCCGUUCUAUCAUACAUUCCCCAGCGGUCUGUAUUGUUCUUCGAUGAGUUCUGCACUCCACGCAUUGUCCUAAGGCUCGCCAAUUGCUCUCAGAGUAGCUUGAAAGCGCACCUCCAGAACCUCGAAGUACGAAUAGAUGCUUUUGCCAUCGACCCUGCGGAAGCGGUUGCCGAGAAUCCAACAGCGACCCGGGAUCUGAUCUUCUCAGGGGCCGUGGACACACAAGCCGACCCUCUCGUUGUUGUCAACGAGUUUGAAGGUGAAACAGGGGAGGGAAACCAUGUAUAUGUUAUCUGGAACGUUGAGACUUUUCUCAAGCGCCCCCGUAUCCGCAUUCAACACCCCUCCGUGAUCUUCAUCGCCUCUGCUAGUCUUAACCCAUCAGACACUCGACAGCACGACUCUCGCGAAGACGUAUACCUACCGUCCUUAGUCCCCGCAUCCACGAACGUUCUGCAACCUCUCGCGACAGACCCAGCAUUCGGUCAGAAAGAACCAUUCCUUCCAGCCUCCAGGCUUUUGCGAGUGGUACCAGCGAAAUACAGCGAGGACCCCAUCUACAAUGUCCUACAAGAAUCUGGCCAUCCGACGCGGAUAGUGCCCGCUGCAAGUGCAAGGAUACGCUAUUCCAGGUUGAAUUCGUUUAGCGGACGACCAACGACGAUCGCAAGUCUUGAUUUUGAAACCACACCGUUCUUGAACUGUGAAGUCAUAUUUGAUAAAGCAGAUCUUCGCUUAUCGGAUGGGUCGAUCGAGCUCUUAACUGACGGGCCUGGGCUAGUGCCACCCGUUACAUGCCACCCACGUGAUGAUGUGACUCUCAUAUACAAACUGACCCCGGAGUAUGGGCCAGACUCGAGAGAUUCAACUACGGUGUCUGUUAGCACGUUGGACAUAUCCUUGGAAGCAGUGAUCAAAGUAUCAGAAAACUGCAAUCCUCGAAUCAUGAUGCAAUGGACAACGAAUAUCGAUUUCUCAAUGGCGCUCAAUCCGAAUUUUGGUGCACCAAGCCAGGCUCUGCAGCGGACCAAUCGCCCUACAAGUCUCUCGACUUUAACAAAUCAAGCUGGCACUGCGCCUGGAGGAGCUCAGACAAGCAGAACCUCUCUUAGAGAGAGGGCCUAUUCUGCUACCGACAUGGGCGUGACUAUGUCCUUUUCAGGUCCACCAAGCGUGGUUGUUGGGAAGCCCUUCUCCUGGAACGUGUUCAUCGUGAAUCGCUCAGCUGCACCUCGCAAAUUCGCCAUGGUUGCUAUUCCCCGGCGGAAGGUAGCGAAUGCUAGAGGGCACGUGGCGCGUCCAUCCUCGUCGUCAAUGACGAACCGCCGCAGCGAUCAGGUGGCCGAAGCAGUGACGGACGACAACAUCGUCCAUGCCAUGCAGAAGAGCGUGGCUGGACAGGAGGCGGACCUCGUCAGCCUGAGUACAGACGUUCGAGUUGGGUGA